AAUAAUGAAGUCUGGCAGAUUCGGUAUCUGUCUACAUCAAAUAUUUUUUACCGGUGAGAAGAAAAUAACAAGUGUCAUCGUUCCUGGCUGUGGGCACACCCUUCGUUCAUGUAAGGCUCCGGACAUGUCACAAUCGACGUACCAGACGCGAUUUAUGACUCGAAUUGCCGAUGGGACAUCUGGAAUUAGAGGAGGGCGUUCAAAGGAUGACUGUCUUACAUCCAACUUGCUUCACGUCGUCCUAGGAACUCUUUGGCACCAUUGAGAGGAGUAUGCACUGCUGUAGAUUGGGCUCUUUAUCAUCGUCAUCAUCAUCAUAUUUUAUGUUGCAAAUGAGUCUGUCAAAGCACAGGAUACCACCCACGCCCACGAGUCCAUAAUACUUGCGAGCUGAUGACGCAUGAGAGUUGAUCUAUGCUGUUGUCGGCCUCAGCCAGUCAUUGUGGUGUGUCCUUCUUGAUUGUCAUCUCCUUCGGUACUUCGGCAGCUGGUUAUCUAUCCGUCACGCUCUUAGGUUUAAACCUCGUAUUCGUCCACACUUUCCCUCUGUUUAUAUUUCAAACCGGUUCUCGUCCACUGGCAUGUACGUUUGUGGCCAUCUUACGAUGGCCUGUCUACUCGCUGUCACAUGUCCACGAGGAAAUUGCCUACGAUCUACUCACUGCGUGGGGGAUGUAAUUCGCACUCUUAUCGUGCAUUUAUCGACCUCCUUGCAGAUCAAGCACGCUAGUUGCGGACUACUUUUACAAGAGUUGCCUUAAUUAUAAGAUGAUUUUGCUACGUGUGUACCACUCGUGACAAGAUAUUAAAUCAGAUAUACAAAUUUAGGGUACUCGCGAGUAUUACAGGAACUCCUGACGAGGGGCUACUGGCUCGCCCAGAUACUUCGAUUCCAUGAUCGACGCGUUCACGUACAGCAUCUCUAGCGUGGCUCUGUUCGAACUCUCUCAGUGCUUUGUCCCUGGACAGUUGCAUGGUGAAUCGUGCAUCGACUAUAUACACGUCUCGUGCCAUUACGACCUCAAUUUAUCGCUUUUCCGAGGCUGCAGGUCGUUUGCUCUCAGUUCUUAACUUGCAUUCUCUGCGCUGUGAUCUCAGUCCCGAAUUCGCAUUCUCUCGGCUGUGGACUCUCUCUCUUUCCUGCAGGCGAUACUAAGAGAUGGAAUCAAGUGGUCGGGGGCACCGAGAUGGAGUAGAGAUUACAUCGAUUGGCGUUCUUUACCAAGGUUUAUUAGAAAAGAAGUACUGGAGUAGCUCUCGGGGGAAGGAAAAGUAUCCUUAUCCCGUUGGAUAUCAAGCUACCCGGUGGCAUGGAGGACACUGCUAUUACAUGGAAGUUACAGAGGGUGCCAGAGGACCUUCAUUUGUGGUCAAGUGUGAAGAGGGCAUUAUAUGCUCAGGUCAGACUCCUUCUGUGGCUUGGGAGGAUAUUUUGAAAAAGAAACACGUUGGAGCAAAGAGGGUCCUUGUAAGGAGUUCAUGUGCCAGCAUUGAUGGCGCUGAGAUGUUCGGCUUCACGAAUCCCUUGGUUCAACGUCUUUGCAGAGAUUUAGUUGUAUCGGCAAUUGGUGCUGCAGAAAAUAGCAAUACCUUGCCAGGUGAGGAAGAUGCUGCUGAAGGUGCACGUAGGAAUGCUGGACUUUUGGCAGAGUCAAGCCAGAAGUCUCCUGCUAAAGCAAGUCGAGGAAAGAAGUUGCUAUCACCACCCAAAGUCAAAAAUUUAGGGGACGGUGCUGAGGCAAAGGAAAAGAAUGCGAAGCAGACUGUAGCUCUGCAGGUUCUGGAGGAAGCACAGGGGAGCAAAGAAGCCAAGAAGCAGAGACUGAAAAGGCCGGCUAGAGACAGUGUGGAAAGGUCUGAAUCUGUGAAGGUAGAGAAGCGGGCCCAGUUAGUUUCUCCCGAGAAAGAUUUUAAUGCAUUUCAUUCUCAUUCAGAAGAUGAAGAUGUGCCAGUACACAGCACAAGGAGUAAACGGUCUAGAAUACCAAAGUCAAAAGAAGGUCCUCUUUCUGCUGAAGGUACGGAGCCUGUAGGUUCUUCCCCAAAUAUAAACAGCGCAAUUUCCAGGAAAGUGAAAUCCCCGACCAUAGGGGCCAAGCGGAUGAAAGGUGAAGAUGCACCGGAAGGGCAAAACCCCAAAGAUUCAGUGCAUGUCAACACACCUCCUGGGGUACCAGAUGGAGACAGGCAAAAGGAUGCGAUCUUUUCUACUCUUAAGGACAUUCAGCAAUCUUCUGCAGCCUAUGAAUCCAAGGGCGUAUCAGUCAGUCAAUUGACCAUAAGUGUUCCUGCUCAAAUGACGGCUGUUUCCGAUCCAGCCAAUGUCGAUGAAUCUUCUCCGAAAGUUACUAGCGGCAAGAAGAAGAGGAUGAAGCUUGGGAAGCCCCAGAAGAUUGUUGAUAGUAUUAAGCAUGAAAAGUAUGAUACUGAAGUGGACCUCACUCAGAGUGAGGGUUUUCUGUCUAUCGACUUGAUGUGUCCGAGCGCCGAAGACAUGAAAAAGCAAACUUCUGAAAGUGCUCCUGCACAAGGUUACGAGGAUUUCUCUUCCAAGCAAGAUGGGUAUCUCAUGCUACUUGCAGCUUGCAAGGUGGCUGAAGUUGAACAGGAGAAUGUUACGAGGGAGAAGACUGGUACCUCGGAUGUCAGGAGAAAAAGACCAAUAUGUGACUUAGACUUGACCUUGAAGGCUACAAACGCAACAUCGAGUUCCGAAAAUGUCUCCACCUCUAGCAAGGCGCCGCGGUUAAGCGAGGGGGUUAUUGCGGGUGUAAACGAAUUUGUCACCACAAGCUCAGAUCUGGUGCUGAAUGUUCAGCCUUCGCAGAGCUUCAGUUCAGAUGGAAGACCUUGUAGAGACUCUAUACAAAUCAGAGCUGGCUUGUUUGACAUCAAUUUGUCACCGACGGAGUCGCCGCGUGGAGACCAUCCAUUCACUGUUCUGCAACCCAAAGAAUAUGCCAUCAGUCAUGAGAAGCUGGAGGACAACCAGAUUGGUAAUGGUUUAGGUGAGAGAGUUUUGAUCCAGAGGAACACUCAAAUUGUGCAGGCGGUGGAAAGUUUGGAGAAGUCUUUGGAAAAAGAAGGUGGAAGUGGAUUCGGUCAUAUUUCAGAAAGGCUUCAUGGACUCGAUCAUAACAGUGUUGUCCACACGACAGGCAGCGUCCAUACUAGCGUGAAGUUGCAAGAGCUUUCUGGAGAAAGUUUGUCACCUAAGGAACAACACUCGAUAGUCCUGGAAGCAGCAAAACCUGGAGUCGAACAAGUGGAUGCAAGUCAGCAAGAUGAAGAUUGCAAGAAGCCCAUUGAAGAUCAUCCUGUUCUGAUGGAGAAGUCUGUUUUGGAGGAAAGGAGAAACGAUGGAAUCGUGACGUCUUGCUCCACGGUUACUGAAAGCUCAGCCACAUGCAUGGUCCUCACCACUGAUGUUUUACCACUCAAGAAGGACAUCAGUGGGUACUCUGGAAGUCCGUUAAAGAAUUUUGACCCUGGGCAAGUUGAUCCUGACGGGGAAAUUUCACCAGCGCUUGAGGUCAUGAUGAACCUUCAGAUUUCAGCUUCAGGGAUAGAAGUUUCAGACUCUGUGGAGUAUUCCGUUAUCGGACAAUCAAAAUUUUGUGCGGCCGAGGCUUCUAAACUGGAGACCACCUGCGACUUGCAGAUUGUAGAUCGUCCAGCGUGUGUAACAUUUAUUGAUGUAACUACCUGUGAUGAAGAGAUCAACCUGAAGAAACUGCAAGGGUCACCAAGCUUGACAAGUACUGCAGUUGAAGCACAGGGAAGCUUAAUCCUUCACGACAGCAUCAUUAGUUCACAAUCUGAAGCAGAAGGUACCAGCCAGCUUGUUGCCGUGGUCGAGAAUGCAGCAAGUACUGCAACAAUGAUCACUAUGGAUUGUUUCGAGGGAGUCAGUCAUGAACUGCGUAAACCAGUGGUCAAGGUGAAUGGCACUGAGACCGGUACUUUUGAGAGUUCCCUUCAGCAGCUAUAUUCAGAAGCUCUACCUGAUCAAUCUGCAAGUCUAGCGAGGGAGACGAAGUACUAUAACGAGGUUCGUCCUAAAGGGAUCAAGCAAGACAACGUGGCCACGGUACUGGAUACCCAUCAUCCCCAAGACGUAGUCUCGCCCACGGGAACUGCUUCUAUGACCAGUUUUGCUUCUCCGUCACAGACUAAUGAGUGUCCAUCAAAGAUACGGAUAAGUUCGAAUGAACUCUCUGAGUCCCUUCCCCCUUUCUCUACGUCUACAUCCGAAUCCUGUCUUGAUGCUGAAGCUACUAGGCUGGAGGGUGAAAGCAAAGGGGUAAACAAUGAUACCGGCUUGGUCAGUGGAGCAUCUCUAUACGAUAAGGGGGAUUUGCCAAUGGACUCUGCGGCUGAGGUUCAUUCUCGAAGGAAAUCUGAAUAUGGCAACGCACAUUCAGAGCGCUCGGAAAAAGGAAGUAUGAAUUCUGAGAGGCAGAUUCCAUUGAUGGAUAUGGAUUCUGGAGCUGUACCUGCUAACCAGGUGGACUUCGGUCGUUCUGUCUCAGCUGAGGUAAGAAAACAGAGUACUGAAGCUGAAGCUACUAGGCUGGAGAGUAUAGGCAGGAGGGUGAGCAAAGAGGUAGUGACUGAAAGUGACAUGGCCAGUGGAGCAUACCUGAACGGUAAGGAAGACUCGCCCACAAAUUCUGCGGAUACGACUCACGUACUAAGAACGUAUGGAGGACAAAGCGCACAUCCAGACCACUUAGUAAGAGGAGGUGGGACGUUCUUGAGGCCGAUUCCAGAGACGGUCCUGGUUUCUUCAGCUGUCCCUGUCCCCUUGGAGUUGGAUCUUUGUGUCUCAGAUGAAAGAUCUACACGAGAUACUGAAGCUGAAGUUAUCAUACUGGAGAGUGAAAGCAAGGGCGCAGUGAAUGAAAAUGACAUGGUCAGUGGAGGAUCGCUAAAUGAUAAGACUGACUUGCCCACAGAGUCUGCGGAUGAGGUCCACUCACCGAGAAAAUCUGAAGUUGACGUUAAACAUCCACACGACUUAGAGAGUGGAGAUAGGACAUUCCAGAAACAGACUCCAGAGACCGCUGUGGUUUGUCCAGCUGUCCAAGUUGUUCAGGUAGAGUCUGGUCUUUGUGUCUCAGCUGAGAGAUCCUCAUGUGCCAUGGGGGAAGGAGCGAUGGCCUUUGGAUCUGAACUUGGACGUAACUCAGAAGACCUGAGCGAGAAAGGUGUGAAUACAGAUCCCACAUCAAACCAGGUGGAAGAUAUAAUAGCACAAAGUCUCUCUGGAAUGAAUGUCGAGGUUCCGUCCUUGGAUGUAGAUGGAUCUGAGGAAGCUGGAGAUCGACCCGAGAAAGACGUGAAUGUCAUCACGCAUGGAACUCUUGACGUAGAGAUGGUGUCUUCAGCGCCAUCUAUUGACAUGAUGCACUCUGCCGUAAGUGGUUCAAGCGAAAGCAGAGAACAAGGUUCAAAGGAGGAACUUGUCCCUAGAUCAAUGGAAGCGGUGAAAGACACUGGUUCUGAAGGAGCAUGUGAAGUGGAGCAUGCCAGAGCGAAUCAUCCCGCCACAGUUCCAGGCUCAGUCCAGGAGAUCGGUGAACCACUAGAUGCCCCUUUUGAGGAACAUGUAGAUUUGCAGGUUUCUGGUUUGAAAGGCUGUACAGAAAGCGGAGACCAUCCAAACUCCCACAUCAGUGUCACGAUUACUCCUCUAAACUGGAACUUAGAGGCAGGGGUGGUUUCGUCCGAUCUAUUUGUUGACAAGAUGGGUUCUGAUUUUGGUGAUAGAGGUACACCUGUUUUGAUGGAGAAGCUUUCCCCUGCAUUUAUAGAGGACGUGAAGAACAUUGAAUCUGUCAUGGAAGUUGAUCAUGGGAAAGCCAGUGAGACUGACGUUGUCACGAUUUGCAGUCCAAAUCACCGAGUGAGUGAUAGCCCAUCUCAGGAAGGGGAAGGGCUGGAUGAUACAAGCCUCGAUCUAGCACGUAUUCCUGUAUUCGUCACUGCGGUUUAUGGUCCAGCUAAUAGUGGGGGACCUAAGGACGAGCAACCUGCUGUAAUAAAUCAAGGUGAAAUGCUCGUGCAAGGCGUUUUAUCCAACCUACCCUCGUCGACUGGAGAACGUAGUGAAGAUGGGAGUAGUAUCAGUCAACAGACGGAGACUGAGCGUCCUGUUUCAAAUUCAUGUAGAGAGGAGAUUGCGACUCAUGGGACUAACUCUAUCAGCUUGCCUGUAUCCGAUGUGGUCGUUCUUGUUGGGAAUCAUGAAGAAGUGGAUUCUCGCACGACCAGCAACCAAGAAGACUUAGUCAUGAUGGAAGUAGUCUGUUCUCUUCCUUCUCAGGUACAUAGCAGUGCGUCUUCAGAAAUCCUAGGUCAUAAGGCCGAGUCUGAUUCGGCUGGCCGAGAACUAACGACUUCGAUGAUGACUUUGCUUCUUCCUCAAGCAGUGCCAUUCCUGUCCAGUACGACUGGUAAGGAGAAGAAGCAAGUGCCAGUGCUGGGUAACUAUCCUUCUUCGAAGACUGAAGAUAUGGAUAUAGAAGCAACCGCUGCUUUGGUUCCUUCCGUCUGCCAGCAAGCCAACAUUUCUCUUAGAUCACUUGAAAGUCAGGUAAGCAAUGGAGAAGAACAUGCAUCGAAAACCAUGGUCGUCGCUCAACAACUGGAGGAAGUAAACGGUCCUGUUUUGAACCAGGAAGAAACUGUUACUGUUGGUGAUUCAGCAGCUGAGCUCUCAAUCGGAGGUCAUCCUGUGGUGACUGGUCCAAAAGUGAUUGCAGGUGUUCAAGUGACGUCAUUGAAUGGUAACUUUGAGGAGGAUACGCUUUCUAGUGAAGAAUCUCCAGUCAAGAAUAUCUCUUUUGGCAUCAUUGUAUCCAACGGAGAUGCCCAUAAAUUGGAAGGAGGAAAAGCGUGUGAAGUUCAAUCUGAAACGAACAGCCUCUUUCCAACUGUGGUGAAAGGAAACAGGUCAGAAGUUUGCAACCAGGAGCAUAUCCGUUCUGAUGUCUUACCGGAGUCUACGGAGGAUGACUGUGAGAUUUCUCAACCCGUACCGUUGUCCGGAGUGCUAGAUGCAGAGCUUUGCCAAGAUAAUGCGAGGGCAGUGAUCAUAACUGCAGUGAGAGAUGAUGUGGCUGACGAGGACCUAGAUAGCUGUUUCACAUCACAGAUUGCUCCUUUGAAUGAUAUUGAUACUCAGGAUUCUGUGAAGGUGAUUGGAUUGCAGUCUGAUCCAAGUUGGAAAUUGAGGACAUCAACAGACAUCAGCACUGUAGAAGGAGCUGCUCAAGUACAGCAUGAGGCCCAGGUCUGUACAAAAGCUAUGGACUCGGACCUUCUUGGUAGAAGUAUGGUCACCAAGGCGGAUAUGAAUGUCGAGGUAGCCUGUAUGCAGUUAGCUGGUUGUAUCAAACCAAGCAGCACUGACUUGCCAAGAGUAGAGAACUCAGAUUCUGAGAGGAUCGUGACUUCUCCAUCUGAUCUCAGAAUGAACCUGGCGAUAUCAACGAAAUUGAUGAUCAACGAUGAGACAUCUCUCGAUGACCAUCCAAGAGAUCAGGUCUUCGCAAGAAUUAGUCGCGAGAUGAAGGACCUUGGGGAAGGUCGAGAUGUUGACCUUGAAGAGUCUGAAAGAUGUCAAGAUUCGAUGUCGGUUGAAAAUGCACCUUAUCCUAGUAUUUCAUCUGGAAAGGUAGAAAACAAACCAGAAGGAUACAAGGGUUUACAAUCUGGGUCUCCCUUUUAUGAUUCUUCUGGUGGUAAUCUUGACCAAUCUGAAGAUACUUCUGCACUGCCAGCAGCUAUAUCAAGCUUGCCAGAGCAGGGCAUUCAAAGUGGUCGUGAGACUACUCAUAGUCCUCAACCGUCAUUCUCUUCAAAAUUGACCGGUGAAUCAGGCAAGAAAGAACCGUCCUAUUUUCAGAAGAUGGAGUUGCCCAUCAUCAUCGAACAUCCCACAAAAGUCUCGACCAUGGUUAUCAACGUCCGAGGUGAUGAGAUUAAGCUUUGUGUAUGUUGUGGUACCGGAAGUGAAAGGACUCUUUUUGUCUUCAAAGUCAAAUACAGAGAAGGUGAUCAUUUCGAACACCAACUUUUGACAGUUGUGGAGGCUACAUUUAAGAACAAUUACAAUGAAAUGGGGAAUAUAAAGCUGUACAAUGAGGAAUCAGGGCUGAGUUUUACACCAGAUGGACAACAGCUGAUUCUUCUAGAUUGUUUCAAGUUACGUGACUCCAGCACUGCAGAUUCCCACGAUGGUCAUGGAAUCACUAUAGUCUCUCUUGAGAAGGACUGUAAAGCAUCCACGCGGUUGAAAAGUGAUGGAGCUCUAUUAUGCCUUGUUGUACGGGAACCGCAACAUUUGAUUGCUGCAGGAGACGAUGGCCUUAUCAACCUUUGGGACAUGGAUCCUAGUUGGAGGAGUUUUGAGAAAAAAAUUCUGCUGCCAAAAGCAGCAAUUGACGGGGUUCCGUUUACAUCAGUAACAAGUCUCCUAAUUGUGCCACAUUUGCCACACAUGGUUGUUGGUUGUAACCCAAGUGGGUUCUUCGCAUUAUGGGAUAUCAACAGGAGAGCGUUGCUGUAUUCUUGCCAAAUGUUUGAUGACGUCCUUCUUAGAACUAGCUUGAUUGACAUGAGAACUGUGAAUUGGGAGCAGUUUGAUUCUCAAGGAGACCCUUUCUCUAACUGCAUCCCUCAAAAGACUUCCCACGGGGAAUCCCAGGAGUCCCUCUCUGAUCUGCCUCUGAUUGUUCUUCUGACCAUGGUCACUAGUAAAGAACGAUUUUUAUCGGAGAAGAAAGAGGAGGUUCUUAUCUCUGAGGAAAUCAAAUCUAUAGUUAGUGAAGAACACGCUGGCUUUUUCUCAAAGGAAAAAAAUUCAAAGGUUAUAGGGGCAGAUGUCUUAACUUUUCAUGAUGGGACGAAAGUCAGGAAGCAAGGGGUACCUCAGCAGCAAACUUGCGAUGCAACUAGAGUGGACCUGGAACCUCAAACGCAGGAGACCAAAGAUGAAGAGAUGGAGCUGAGAUCGAAAGAUUUCAAUAGCGCCGAUACGGAAGAUUACAGGGAGACUUCAGGACCAUGGGACUGCAAGACUGUGUUACUUCGAGGAGGUCGCAUAGUUUGCGGCCACGCCUUGUCUGACCGACCCACUUCUCUUUCGUCAAUGGGUUGUUAUGGUGUGAUGGGGACAGCCGCUGGUCUUGUGCAUCUGUGGGAUGUUGAGAAAGGCACUAAGGUUGCCCAACUUAAUGAUCUUGAAGGAUCUGCAAUCGUCAGUUUGGCGACGAGUUCAUCUUUGGCAGUACUAGCAACUGCUGGGGAGAACAAGCAGGUCAAUGUGUACCUCCAAAAGGACCACUUCGCUGAGGUUAUCAAGAAGACCUCUUGAUACCCACCGGCUUAAGGAUACUAUCGACCCCAGUCGUGUUGGAUCACAAUAUAUUGUAGUGUUGACAGUUCACUGGUCACUGAAUGUCUGCAAGGUCAUCAUAAUGGGUGAAGUUUUUACGAGAAUCUCUUUUGGUCGAUACAAUGUUAUCGCUGCGAAAGUGAGGGAUGGGACUGGACGAGGGUGCAGCUUGCACUUCUUGCUGUCUCUUUUCUCUCCAAGGUUUAAACCAUAUGUUGCCACCCAAAACCUGGUGUAUUAUCUCAGAGCUGUCUAGGAUAAGUACUGAGGCCGAAGAUUAACCGGUACUUCUUUAUGUUAGUCGGUUAGCUCCUUGGAAUGUGGUGGAGAAGCGGCUUACAAGCCUCUUGAUAUCUUGUAACUACCCAUAGGUAUUGGAUGCCAGGGAAUCUGUUGCUCUUCUUUGAAAACCAGUUGAGCAAUACGAAGUUGUUCCCCUGUUACUGCGGGUCUGUCCACUUUCCAACAGGCCACCGUGAAGGAGAAUUGAAUCUGGGCUGAAAACCUCAAGUCAUCUGGGUAUGGAUAUUUCAGAAAUAGAGUUUGUAACUACGCUUGUACAUGUUUAGUAGUAUUAGGAAAGGAUAUGUACCUGUCUUAUCAUUGGCAGACAAUAUUUAUAUACAUGCAAAUGAAAGAACGGAAUGAUCAUAAGAUGUA